UUUUGUCUGUCAGCUCCAGACUUACAGAAGUAACAGUUUCCAAGAACUUAAGUACUGAGGGCAACAGAAUGCCAGCAAAACCCCCUGUUUCGCUGAAAAACUCCCUGAUAUUUCAAGAAAUGACUGCAGAGGAAAUAUCUGGGGAAAGAAACCAAGUCCAGUCAAGUUCUUGGAGCUCACCUUCACAGAAACCUGAUACCAGGCCACUACAGGACUUGAACAAUGCCAGGGUUGUGUCUCAGUCCAGCUCAGAGGAAGCAUCAGGGCGCUCAUCUAGGCGGCAACGGAAGCCAACCUGCUACAAAGAGCCAUCAAUCAGCAGGAAACUGAGGCAGGGUGACCCAUUUACAGACACUGAGUUCCUCCACUCUUCUCUCUGCAAAAAAAAGCCAAAGCCUGUCAAAGCCAAGCGAAUGACCAAGAAGAUGAAAGAGAACAAAGAACAGCUUCCUGAAGGAUCUCUCAGUGCCAAGGCAGGCAAGUUGGUAACAACAGAAAGGAUUAGAAUGGUGGUUGAAAGCAGCCCCCAGGCUCCUAGCAGCUCGUGCGUUUAGCCACAAG